UCCACUCCAUCUCCAUCCCAUCCCACACCGCGCUCCCGGCGUCUCUGCCUGUCCCUCUCAGUCAUAUCCCUCUCUCGCCAAAGGGUCGCCGGGACGCGGCUAGAGCGCCUGACAGAGACGUGCAGUGCAGGGGCUGCCCGGGCCACUGCCGCCUCAGGCGGGCGCGCGAUCGAGGUGACGGCGAGCUGCUUGCUGGCUAGCGCAAACAGUCGCGCGCGCGGGCGGUCGCUGUUGGUGGCGGGUGGAGGUGGUGGCGGUUACAGUGGGGGAAAGGAACGCGGGCGGGCGGCAGGCCAAUCGGGAAAGGGCACAGGCAGAUCCAGGCAUCCCAGGAUUUCUGCCUCCACCCAGACUUUGCCCGCAAUCCAUCCGCGCUUUCCGCUCCGUCUCCGUGUCGUCCCUCUCGUUCCCCGGCCUGGGCGGUGAAAGCGAUAUCGAUCCAGCGUGCUGCUGCCUUGCUAGCUGCUGCUGAGUCCCUGACCUGGACGACAGCUGCUGCUUCUGCUAGCUGCUGGUAUAUAAAGUGGAGGCAACCUACAGCUUGGUGGUGCUGAUCGCCUGAUCCAUCUCGUCCGCCCGGGGCCCAAGCAGGGUUACAAGAGGUGCGUGGCAGGCUACUGUUCAGGAGCUGUGACUGUGAGUUUGUGUUCUUAUAAGCGUCGUCGUUGGCUCUCGACUGGUGGACUCGAUCUGGGCGAACUAGAUAAAUUUGGCGCACGCACACGCUUGUUACUAGGGAUCCUCUGAUCGAAAGGAUGGACACUUUCUCUCAUGUCCCCCCUGGAUUCCGUUUCCACCCCACCGACGAGGAGCUGGUCGAUUACUACCUGAGGAACAAGGUGGCGUCCAACAAGAUCGACCUUGACGUCAUAAAAGACGUCGAUCUGUACAAAAUUGAGCCCUGGGAUCUCCAAGAGAAGUGCAAGAUCGGGACGGAGGAGCAGAACGAGUGGUACUUCUUCAGCCACAAGGACAAGAAGUACCCGACGGGCACCCGCACAAACCGGGCGACCACCGCCGGAUUCUGGAAGGCGACGGGUCGCGACAAGCCCAUCUACACCAAGAGCUGCCUCGUCGGCAUGAGGAAGACGCUCGUCUUCUACAGGGGCCGCGCGCCCAACGGCCACAAGUCCGACUGGAUCAUGCACGAGUACCGCCUAGAGACCACCGAGAACGUGACCGCCGCCCCUGAGGAAGGAUGGGUGGUCUGCAGGGUGUUCAUCAAGAAGCGAGUGGAGGCCGUGCGGCGGAUGGCCGACGGCGCGCCGCCGUGGUUCGAUGGCCACGUCCCCGGCGGCUUCAUGGCGCCCGCGGGCCUUGGCUCGCCGAGGCAGCUGAUGCAUCACCACCCAAACCCGGCAGCAGCAGCGCCACUGCUGUACAGCGGCCAGCAGCUCUACCACUGCAAGCCCGAGCUGGAGUACCAUCACCUUCUGCAGCCGAGCCAAGAGGCCCUGUUGCAGCAGCUCCCUCAGUUGGUGGAGAGCCCCAAGCCUCCUCCUCCCGCCUUCAUCGACCAAGGCAGCUGCAGCCUCCAGUCCCCCGACGAGGCUUCUGGGUACAACACCACCCCGCAGCAACCGCCGCCCAUGACGACGGAGGCCGCCUACAUGGACGACGACUCGGUCACCGACUGGAGAGUGCUCGACAAGUUCGUCGCGUCUCAGCUCUUCAGCCACGGCGACGGCAUGGCGAAAGAGGAUGGUUACCCCAACCCGGGGCAGGCAUUAUUUCAGGCUGAGAACAAGCAGCCGGAAGAAGCACUGGACUACGCCUCCACGUCUGCGUCUGGUGGCGGCGGCGGCGAGGCGAACAUGUGGAAAUAGCGUAUGCCGUAUACAAUUCAUCUGCGAGUUUACCAUAUAUAUGCCUCCCAAACCUGAUUUAGUGUACAAAUAUAUAGCGUGCAAUAUAAUGCUUGUCAUGCUGACACAUGAUAAUAUACACAUGCAUGCAUGAUAAUAAACACGUAACCGAAGUGGUUAUUA